AUGGCCCCGCUUGCUACUUUUCUCACUCUCGGCCUUGCUGGCUUAUCCAGCGUAGCCUCUGCUCAUCCUGGCCAUGACGUCCAGAAGGAAGCAGCUGAGCGUGCUGCGUUUAUGCAAAGCGCACCACUUGAGUCGCGUAGUCUUGGGCACUGCACUUCAAAGCUAAAGGCCCGCGGUACCGAAGACCUCAAUAUUGCUCGUCGGGAGAGUGCUGUCCAUCAACUUCGCGAGGCGCGAAACCUAAGUACCGGAGCUCGCUAUCUCAAGGCUCGUGAUACCGACUCUGUGUUGGCCACGGACCACCAUUCGAACUUGACUGGUUCCUUUUCGCAUCCGGGGGGAACUUGCAUCGUGCAGCCCGAGGUCACUCAGGGGCCUUAUUGUAAGACCCACGGUUCUUUCAUUUUUGGCAACAAAUCUAAUCAUAUAAAUACAGACAUUUCGGGUGAACUGAUCCGCAAGGAGGUUGCCGAAGACCAGCAGGGCGUGCCUCUGUUCAUGGAUAUUCAACUUAUCGAUACCAACACCUGCAAGCCCCUACCCAACGUAUACGCGGAUAUCUGGCACUGCAAUGCUACUGGCGUCUACUCUGGUGUUGUUCAGGACGGCAACGGUGACACCAGCGACAAGGGUAACAUUAACGAGACCUUCCUACGUGGUGUUCAACGUACCAACCUUGACGGAAUUGUGCAAUUCGCGUCGAUCUUUCCUGGUCAUUACUCUGGACGGGCCACUCACAUCCAUGUGGUUACGCACCCCGCAAACGAAACUAGAGCCCUCCCCAACGGUACUAUUUCAGGCACUUACGACUCACGCUCCUCCCAUGUUGGCCAGAUCUAUUUUGACCAGGACCUCAUCACCGAAGUCGAGAAGACUGUUCCCUACAGCAGCAAUACUCAAGAGCUUACCAAAAACGCCAAUGAUAGCCUUCUCCCAGCGGAGGCUGAAACCACCGACCCGCUUAUGGAAUAUGUCUUCCUUGGCGACGAUAUCUCAGAUGGUGUAUUUGCCUGGAUUUCCAUCGGUAUUGAUGGAAAGAGGGAUGUUCCCGUCUCCCCGGAAGUAUUUUGGACCGAGGACGGUGGCGUGGUCAAUGAUGACUUUGUCAUGGGCACAGCUGGUGUCCCUACUGAGAUACUUGCCAGUCUCGCUGCACAAAGCACCAGCGCAUGA